AUGAGAAAUACCCAGACACUCAUAGACGCUGCAGCUGGUGGGGCUUUUAUGAGGAAAAGUGCUAAUGAGGCCUUUGAAUUACUUGAAGAGAUGUCCAUCACUAAUCAACAAUGGUCAACAGAGAGAGGCCAAUCUAAAAAGGAUGCGGAGAUUAAGUCUCCUAUUCAGGUCUUGGAAACCAAGGUGGGGCAGUUGGCUUCUCAAAACACUAACAGGGCUCAACUUAACUUUCCUAGCACUAAUGAAGUCAAUCCAAAAGAGAACUCACCUACACCAAAAAAGAAAAAGACUACGGAUGGUCUUCAACAAAAAGAAACUUCUCCUCCCAUUAGUAUUGACCAUCACCUAAAGAUUCCCUAUCCUGAGAGGUUGCGCAAGAAUAACAUGGAUAAGCAGUUUAGCAAAUUUCUUGAAGUAUUCAAAAAGCUGUCUAUCAAUAUCCCCUUUGCAAAAGCCCUUGAACAAAUGCCCAGCUACGUCAAAUUCAUGAAGGAGAUUUUGUCUAAGAAAAGAAAGAUGGAAGAAUUUGAGACGGUAGCUCUAACAGAGGAGUGUAGUGCAAUUCUUCAAAAGAAACUCCCCCCUAAACUGAAAGAUCCUAGGAGUUUUACCAUACCUUGCACUAUUGGGAAGCUUGAAAAUAUUCAUGCAUUGUGUGAUUUGGGGUAG